UAUUUGGGUAACCGUUAACAAAUUGUACACCAGUUGUGUGAUCAUCGACCUGGUCAGUAUGACACUGGACAGACGACUACAGUGUUUGUUAUGGCUGUACAUCACAACAGUCCAAGGUAUGACUGGAUUAUCCGUGGUGGUCAGUAUCUCUCCUACAGCCGAUGUCGUGUCCGGUCAGACCCUCUCUAUCACGUGUCAGUGGUCAGCUGACUACACAGGACCAAAUGCUGUUGUUAACUAUAAACUAAAUGAUUGCGGUGGUGCAAUAGGUUCACUGUUUAUAAACGUUGGGACAGCAUGUCCAUCAGUACCACCCUACACACUAACAUGUAACAGAGCCACGAGGACACUGGGGAUACAGAUUCCCGCCAACAGUUACAGUCAUGGGGACAUAUGGACGUGUGAGGGGAGAAAUGACAACUACGAUAAUACAACACCACCACAGACAGAUACGACCACAGUUGAUGUUGUAUUACCUGUGACAUCAGUGACCAUCACCCCCUCCACCACUGUGCUAGUAGAUGUAGGUACCAGCACCACGUUGACCUGUACUACACAGCCACACAGUCGUCCUACGGCCAGUGUCACGUGGUAUCGAGUGGUCAGUGGUCAGCCACAGCAGAUCACCUCCAACAUCAAUGUGUCACAUGACACUCAGAACUCCACCCAGACAACGACAAGUGUUCUGUCCUACGUACCGUCCAAGGAGGACAACGGACGGACGGUGUAUUGUGUAUCAGACGGAGGAUGGACAGGAAGUACUGACACAACUCUUGAGUCGGCUCGGGUUUCUAUCAAUGUUAGAUAUUCACCUGAUACUGACCCCGUCGUGUCCGGCUAUGAUGGUUCUACAAUGUACAUGGGCGACUCUGUGACACUGUCAUGUACGGUCGUAGGAGGUUACCCGACGGCCAGUCUGUCUUGGACCUGUCCUGAUGGUACGACUAGUGUUAGUGGUACUGUGACGGUGACUUUCUCCAACAUAUUCCACGGAAAGACGUGUUCUUGUGUGGCGACACAUAUCGCUGGGGGCUACAGCCGGACGGUAACAACGCCAAUAUUUAUCGUCAAUAUUCCUGUAACAACGGUGAUUAUUACCCCCUCCACCACUGUGACUGUAGAUGUAGGAACCAGCACCACACUGACCUGUACCACACAUCCUCAUAGUCGUCCUACGGCAAACGUCACGUGGUAUCGAGUGGUCAGUGGUCAACCACAGCAGAUCACCGGCAAAAUCAGUGUGUCUUAUGACACGCAUGAAUCCGCCCAGACAACCACAAGUGUUCUGUCCUACGUACCGUCAAAGGCGGAACACGGACGGACGGUGUACUGUGUAUCAGACGGAGGACGGACAGGAAGUACUACUACCAGUCUGCAGUCGAACACUGUCACUUUGAACGUCAGAUAUCGUCCUGCUAUCAGCAUCGCGCCACUGGGUGAUCCAUACGUCAUCACAGAAGGUAUAUCAGGCAUAUCCCUGGUAUGUACCGUUACCUCUGCCAAUCCAUCGGUCACAUCUAUAUUCUGGACAAGGGAGGUAACCGAAGUAUCUAACACUGGUGUGUACAAUUUACCCACCAUCACACCCGGGCACUCUGGGGAGUACACUUGUUCUGCAAUCAAUGAUGUUGGAACCACGACAGAAAGCAUAACUUUGGUAGUUAUAUCGUCCCCGGCAGAACCAAACAUAGUUGGGAUCACGAAUGUGUCGUCAUCCUCACUCACAGUGCAAUGGAGUUCAGACGAGAAAAGCAGUGCACCGAGUACAUUCAAUAUAAGUCACAGAUGUAAACAUUGUGAUUUACCUGAUAGCACGUCCAUCGGUCGUACUACCAAUGAGGACGUAUAUUCAACAACAUUCACCAACCUACUGCCUGAAACUGUAUACUAUGUCAACAUCACGGCUAUUAAUCAAGGCGGUUCCAGCAGUCCAUUGGAUUUAAUUGUGUCCACUACACCUGAUUCAAAUGUGUUGUAUUAA